AUGUCUACCGGCAACCCGCAACAGCCUACCACGGGCGUGUCGGAAAAGGUUGACGAAUCCUACGCCGAGAGUAAGGCCAAGUUCGAAAACAAAGCGAAGAGCGAGUACUUUGAUCCUUGCCAGGAACUUGCCCAGAAGAGCAUCAAGUGCCUGCACAGAAACGGUGGCGAUAAAACUAUGUGUGGCGACUAUUUCCAGGCCUACAGAGAUUGCAAAAAGGCCUGGGUUCGUAUUCACACGCCCUUCCAUAUAACCGACCUUGAGGUACUGACAUUGCCAAAGCUCGACAGGCGAAAAGAAGAGAGGAAGAAGAACGGCGCCUGGUGGUAA